AUGAGUAGUGGUGGCGGAUGGAUGAUGUCAUUUUCCGGUAGGGUUUUUUGGACGGUGGCGCCGCUGGUUCUGGUCUCAUUGAUGGUGGUGCUGGUGGGUCAACCAGAUGCUUUCAAUUGGGUUAUGAGUUCUCAUCAUUUUUGGCUAGGGAAAUACUCCAUUUCUAAGGCAUCUUCUUCCAUUACAAAUAUGGUGGUUUCAAGUAGCUCUAAUUCUUCUUCUUCUUCUCAAUUAAAAGAUCGGGAGAAUAGACAUGUCUCAAACAAGAGCGACAACAUUGGCUUAUCGAAACAUAAGCAAUAUAGUCGCUUAGAAAAACUCGAAGCUAGACUACAACAAGCUCGAAUAAUCAUAAGAAAUGGAAAACGCGACAAAAUUCAACACGAUCAUCCUGAUCCAGAUUACACCCCCAAUGGUCCAAUGUAUUGGAACUCAAGUUCUUUCCAUAGGAGUUACAUAGAAAUGGAGAAGGAAAUGAAGGUUUAUGUGUAUAAAGAAGGUGAUCCACCAGUUUUUCAUAAUGGACCAUGUGUGAACACUUAUGCCAUUGAGGGAUUGUUCAUAAACAACAUGGAGAUUAGUCAUUUUAGGACUGAAGAUCCAAACAAAGCUCAUGUCUUCUUCCUCCCUUAUAGCACCACAAUGAUAACUAAAUAUGUUUAUAAUGGAGAUCAUAGAUGGGAACCCAUGAAAGCUGCAGCUAUGGAUUAUGUUACACUUAUCACUUCAAAAUAUCCUUAUUGGAAUCGAAGCCUCGGAGCUGAUCAUUUCAUCGUCGGUUGUCAUGAUUGGUCACCCGAAAUAUCUUUUGCCAUUCCAAAUCUCUAUAACAACUCUAUAAGGGCUUUGUGCAAUGCAAACACCUCGGAAAGGUUCAACCCUGCAAGAGACGUCUCCAUUCCUGAGAUCCGCCUUACAAAAGGAAUGACACUCGGAGGCCUGUCUCCUUCACAACGUUCAAUUCUCGUGUUCUUCGCAGGCGGUGGCGAUCAUGGCCCGAUAAGGCCCAUUUUGCUACAACAUUGGGAAAACAAAGACCCCGAUGUCCAAAUCCACAAGUACCUUCCAAAGAAAGUUUCUUAUUUUGGAAUGAUGAGGAAAAGUAAAUAUUGCAUUUGCGCUAGCGGAUAUGAAGUCGCGAGCCCUAGAAUGGUCGAAGCUCUCUACAUGGGAUGUGUCCCGGUUCUCAUUAAGGAUCAUUACUCUAUACCAUUUUCCGAUGUUCUCAAUUGGAAAACCUUUGCGGUUAUAAUCCCUAAGGAGGAGAUACAAAAUUUAAAGAAAAUAUUAACGAGCAUAUCUAGUAGACAAUACAUAAGGAUGCAAAGGAGGGGGACCCAAAUGAGAAGACAUUUUGAGGUUAACACACCUCCAAGACGAUACGAUGUCUUUCACAUGAUUCUUCACUCGAUCUGGCUAAGAAGACUUAACAUUCGAUUGUAUGAUACUAUUUAA